AUCAUCCACAAAAUGAAACGUCAAAUGUUGGGCUCACUGACAGUCCAUUUAUUUGUUUCGUAAAAUUUUGGCAAAAAGGACAGUUGACGGUUACAGACAGAACUUGAAGCAUUGUUAUUGUGUGAAGCUCCUAAUCACAAAGUAGAAGAAAUAAUAAACACCCUUUGGAGAUAUUUGCUUAGGCCAUUGGUCAUGGCAACUCGAAGACUUUCAUUGCUCCUCUCUCGCUCUCUAUCUUCCACUUCUUUUCAAGCUGCUUCUCUACUUCACUCACUAGGGAGAAACUCUGGCAAGUGGGGAAACUUUAACAGAUUCAGCACUGCAGCAGCAGUUGAGGAUUUAAUCACUCCACAAGUUCCAAUAACAUACACUAAGCAUCUGAUAAAUGGACAAUUUGUGGAUGCUGCUUCAGGGAAAACUUUUCCAACAUAUGACCCACGCACAGGAGAAGUGAUUGCUCAAGUUGCUGAAGGUGAUGCAGAAGAUAUCAACCGUGCAGUAUCGGCAGCUCGCAAGGCCUUUGAUGAAGGACCUUGGCCAAAAUUGACUGCUUAUGAAAGAUGCAAGAUAAUACUGCGCUUUGCUGAUUUGGUUGAGAAACACGGUGAUGAACUUGCAGCUCUGGAGACAUGGAACAAUGGAAAGCCUUAUGAACAGUCUGCCACUGCUGAAUUACCAACGUUUGUGCGUUUGUUUCGUUACUAUGCUGGUUGGGCAGAUAAAAUCCAUGGUCUGACAGUGCCUGCUGAUGGAAAUUAUCAUGUGGAGACAUUGCAUGAACCAAUUGGUGUUGCAGGACAAAUCAUACCUUGGAACUUUCCUCUCCUCAUGUUUGCUUGGAAAGUUGGACCAGCUCUUGCAUGUGGAAAUACUGUCAUCCUUAAGACUGCUGAACAAACACCUUUAACAGCUCUCUAUGUAGCAAAACUUUUUCAUGAGGCUGGUCUUCCACCAGGUGUUUUGAAUGUAGUUUCUGGCUAUGGUCCAACUGCUGGUGCAGCUCUAGCAAGUCAUAUGGAUGUUGACAAGCUAGCAUUCACUGGAUCUACCGAGACUGGAAAAGUUGUGCUUGGAUUGGCUGCGCAAAGCAAUUUGAAGCCUGUGACAUUGGAACUUGGAGGGAAAUCACCUUUCAUAGUGUGUGAGGAUGCUGAUGUUGACCAGGCUGUAGAACUUGCGCACUUUGCUUUGUUCUUUAAUCAGGGGCAAUGUUGCUGUGCUGGGUCUCGUACCUUUGUACAUGAGCAUAUCUAUGAUGAGUUCUUGGAGAAAGCAAAGGCUCGUGCUUUGAAACGUGUUGUUGGGGAUCCCUUCAAAAAGGGUGUCGAACAAGGACCUCAGAUUGAUGUGGAACAAUUCCAGAAGGUCCUUAGGUACAUAAAGUCCGGUAUUGAAAGCAAGGCCACCCUUGAAUGUGGGGGUGACCAAAUUGGCUCAAAGGGCUUCUUUGUCCAGCCCACUGUCUUCUCAAAUGUUCAGGAUGACAUGUUGAUAGCAAAAGAUGAAAUAUUUGGCCCUGUACAAACCAUCUUGAAGUUCAAGGACAUCGAUGAAGUAAUUCGAAGGUCAAACGCAACGCACUAUGGUCUAGCUGCAGGAGUUUUCACUAAGAAUGUGCACACAGCCAACACUUUGAUGCGAGCACUGAGGGUUGGAACAGUAUGGAUCAAUUGCUUUGAUGUUUUUGAUGCUGCAAUUCCCUUUGGAGGGUACAAAAUGAGCGGCAUAGGCAGGGAGAAGGGUAUCUACAGUCUCAACAAUUACCUGCAAGUGAAAGCUGUGGUUUCACCAGUGAAGAAACCUGCAUGGUUGUGAUUUGUGAAUUGCUCAAACUGCUAUGACCGAAAUCCUACGUGGCUAUCAUCUUUUUCCGCUGAGGCAAUGGCAUGCAAUAAAUAAUGUGAUGUUACUAAGAUAAAACCUGAUUAGGUACCUGAACAUUAUACCAGUUGAAUUUAUGUAUUUUUCACUUGUUAAUUGCUCAAACACAAACUUGGAUACUGUAAUGACACUGUUGCUGUAGGAUAGAAAUUUUGCACCAUUCACACU